AAUUUGCUAGCAGUCACAAGCAUAAGCAUCCCCGCACAAGCACUCCCCGGUGCUCCGUAGCACCAUAAUGGAUCUCAGGAUUCUCGCCUUCCUCCUCCCCCUCUUUCUCCCCUCCGCCCUCUUCGUCUCCACCACUGCCUUCAACCCCAACACUUCCCACUACCUCAACUGCGGUUCCGCACCUGACAUCGUCAUCACCACCGACGUGCCUUCCCGCAACUUCACCGAUGACUCUCCCUUCCUCUCUGAUUCCGCCAAGUACCCCUCCCUCUCCAAUCCCUCGGUCGCCGCCUCCUCCUCCUCCCUCUACUCCACCGCUCGCGUCUUCACCAGUUCUGCCUCCUACCGCUUCACGAUCAACACCCACGGUACCUACGUCCUCCGCCUCCACUUCUUCCCCUUCUCCGGCAACGGCUACAACCUCUCCUCCGCCCGCUUUGGCGUCAACGCCCUCCAACGCGGCGUCGUCCUCCUCGAAGACUUCUCCGCACCGAUCUCCACGGCUCCGACCAUCAAGGAGUACUUCCUCUGGGUCGAUUCUGACGAGCUCGUUGUCACCUUCGCUCCAAGUCCGAGCUCGUCGUUGGCCUUCGUCAACGCCGUCGAGGUCUUCACCGCACCCGCCAAUCUCAUCAACGACGAAGACUCACAGCUGGAUAUCGCCCAAUUGUCCCGUCAAGCGCUUGAGACUGUCCACAGGAUCAACAUGGGCGGGCCUCGGGUCAACGACAGCCUCUGGAGGACGUGGAUCGCCGACGAUGAGUACCUCCUUAACGAGGUUGCCUCCUUGUCGAACCACACGGACCCCGACAAAAUUACGUACCAGCAGAACGAGUCUGACGAUGUCGCUCCGCGGACAGUCUACAGUACGGCCAGAACCAUGAACAUCUCGAGCUCACUCCGGGCCAACUCCAAUUUCGACUUCAACGUUACGUGGAGCUUUCCGGUGGUCGCAGGUUACAAGUACCUGGUACGAACACAUUUCUGUGAUUUCAUAUCGCCAGCGAUCAACAAUGACAUCAGCUUCGACCUCUACGUCGGGAACCUGCGAGUUCAGGAGAUACAAGCCAGUGAUCGCGUUCAGUUUCUUGCCCAAGCAUUCUAUAUUGACUACGACUUGGAAGUUCCGAGCUCCGGAACGAUCAAUAUAAGCAUUGGCCGGAACGUUGCCCGGACCACGCAGUUGAAUGCUAAUGCCAUGCUCAACGGGCUGGAGAUCUUCAAGGUAAACAACACGCACGGCAGCCUUGAUGGAACUUCCAGCCUGCUAUCAAAUUCCAGCAAUGGCGUGCCUAUUGCAGCGGUAGUCGGCGCCGCUGUUGGUGGCGUCCUGCUUGUGAGUCUUCUGAUCAUCUUUGUCUUGGUCUUCAUACGUAAGAGGCGCAGAUCGAAGCCUCUGCCUCUGCUGCCGAAUGAAUCCUGGUCUCCGUUUCGAGAAACUCCGCGCGGAAACUCUGUUGGGCGUUCGAGUAAGUCCACCGAAGGAACGGCGCUCGCAGCAUCGCUCAGAGUUAAUCUCGGCCUCUAUAUCCCCCUGCUCGACAUCAAGGCAGCUACUAACGACUUCGAUGAGAGCCUCGUUGUCGGCAGCGGCGGCUUCGGGAGGGUAUACAGGGGUGUCCUCGCCGACGGUACCAAGAUCGCGGUGAAACGAGCCAUGCCGGGGUCGAAGCAAGGGUACCCGGAGUUCCAGACUGAGAUCCUCGUCCUGUCCGGUAUUCGCCACCGGCAUCUCGUCUCCUUGAUCGGGUACUGCGACGAGCAAUCGGAGAGGAUCUUGGUCUACGAGUACAUGGAGAAGGGGACGCUGAGGAACUACUUGUACGGCUCGGACAAGCCGUGUCUUUCAUGGAAGCAGAGGCUGGAGAUCUGCAUCGGGGCCGCCAGGGGCCUUCACUACCUCCACACCGGCUACUCGCACACCAUCAUCCACCGCGACAUCAAGUCCACCAACAUCCUGCUUGACGAAAACUACUUGGCCAAGGUCUCCGACUUCGGCCUCUCCAAGCUGGGUCCUUCCUUCGGCGAGACCCAUGUCACAACCGGAGUCAAGGGCACCUUUGGAUACUUCGACCCGGAAUACUUCAAGACGCAGAAGCUCACCGACAAGUCCGACGUCUACUCCUUCGGAGUGAUGCUCUUCGAGGUGCUGUGCGCGAGGCCCGUGAUCGAUAGAAGCCUCUCCAUGGAGCAGCUGAACCUGGCGGAGUGGGCGCUUCACUGGCAGAGGAGAGGCCAGCUCGAAAAGAUCAUCGAUCAGAGGCUUGUGGGAAAGAUCAACACCAAUUCACUGAGGAAGUUUGGUGAGACGGCUGAGAAGUGUGUCGCAGAGUAUGGUAUCGACAGGCCUGCGUUCGCGGACAUCCUGUGGAACUUAGAGUACGCUCUCCAGCUUCAUGUGACGGAGCUGAAGAGGGAACCGCACGAGGAUAGUGGCGCUGUGGAGUCGCAGAUGUCAGUAGCAGCGAUGAGGGACGUGGAUACGGCGAGCUUAAACUUUGAUGAGGCAAAUGACAGGAGCAGGAUGGCCAGGCAGGGGGAAUCGGACUUGAUGGCAAGCAUCGUAUUCUCCCAAUUGGUCACCGACGAAGGAAGAUAAUUACUCUGGAUGGCCAAGGCAUAUAAAUUUGCAAUCAUAGUUGAAUUAUUAUUAUAUGAGCCAGUGUUACUGUAUGGAUGCUCGUUUAAUUUGAUUGUCGUAGCAGCCAAUUUACAGGCCUUUUCUACAUAAAACUUUCUUCUGCAA